AUGAAAUACAAUUUAAAGAGUUUAGAAUGGUUAGAGGGUUCAAUUGAAAAACUUCAACUUCAAUCGACUUCAAAGAAUCAAGAAGAAGAAGAUAUUCAAGAAGAUGCUGAAAAUGAUGAAAGUGUUUCUCUGCUUCUAGGUAAUUUAAUUUUUAUUUGAAAAAAAUAAUAAUGGGGCUAUUCAACGAAAAAAAAACUGUUUUCUCAACGCUGAGAAAACAAGAAAAAACUUAUUCAGCGCGGUUGAGAAAAUAGGAAAAAAGGUGUGAAAAGUGUGUGUUCUCAACCGUCUUACUGUGCUCUUCGUGUCGAGAGUCAAAACGAAAAUGUUGUGUUCCUUUACUUUUUCAGUGUUUACUGUAGGUUUUCGAAAUAAAAAGUCAAGGCGCAUCAUAUUGUUGUUUGGUCUUGUUGCGAAAACCUACAGUAAACACUGAAAAAGUAAAGGAACACAACAUUUUCGUUUUGACUCUCGACACGAAGAGCACAGUAAGACGGUUGAGAACACACACUUUUCACACCUUUUUUCCUAUUUUCUCAACCGCGCUGAAUAAGUUUUUUCUUGUUUUCUCAGCGUUGAGAAAACAGUUUUUUUUUCGUUGAAUAGCCCCAUAAAUUUAUGUUUUUCAGAGUGGAAAAUGCGCAUAUCAACAGAUUCGGAUAAAUGCACCACUUGCGAAUGUGAUAUUGAUUUUGAUGAUCGGAAUGCGAUUGUUGAACAUUAUAAAUCAGCAUGGCAUAGGUUGGUGGGUUAUUUUGUAUUUUGUCAGCAGAAAAAUCUCACUGAGCCAAUAUUUUAAAAAUAAUCCACAUAUUUUAUAGAACAAACCUGCGACGGAAAAACUUGAAAAUAUCAGUGAUGAAUGAAGAAGAAUUUGAAAAUUAUGACGAAAAUGAUGAGCAACUUUUGACAUCGAAGCCAUCGGAAAAUGAAUCAGAAGAUGAAGAACAAGAAAUCGAUGAAUGUCUUCUUCCUUCUGGUCGUUCAUUUUUCGUCCACAACAAAAAUGUAUUUUCCGUCUCAAAGUUAGUAUUUUAUUAUGAGAAAAUUGCUAAAUUAUUCAUAUUUUAGAGCGAUACUUCAUGUUGAUGAGAAAAAUGUGAGCUUUUCGACAUUUACACGACCAUUUGAUUGUGUUAUCAUUUUAUUCAAUGGAGGACAUUUUGCUGCUGGUGUUUUUGAAAAGUUAGUUUUUUUCCAGAAUUUUCCCAGUUUAUUUGAUAAUUUUUUCAGUGAUCGUUUGGUGUUGCAUAAAUCAUUUCAUCGAUAUGUGGCUCGCGCAAAACAAGGAGGUGUUCAAUCACAAUAUGAUUCGAGUCAUGGAAAUGCGAAAAGUGCUGGAGCCGCACUUCGACGAUAUAAUGAGGCUAAAAUGAAAGAGGAAAUUCAGCAAAUUAUGCGAUCGUGGAAAGAGAAACUGCUCAAAACUCGUCUGAUUUUCAUUCGAUGUGCUUCUUAUCAAAAAGCGGUUUUUUUCGACGCGGAAGCUGGAAUUUUGCGAGGAGAUGAGAGGAUUCGAAGUGUUCCGUUUGAAACAAAACGCCCAAAUAUUGAGGAAAUUCAUGCGACUUGGAAUCGAUUACAAUGGGUUGAAGAACAUGGAGAAUUGAAUGAAUUCAGGGAACAAAUGAGUGCUUUGAAUGAGAGGAAAAAGAAAGUUCAACAAAAAUUCGAGAAAAAAGCUAGAAAACAAUUUGGAGAUUGGGAUGAGAAAAAAGAAAAAGAGCGAAAAAAACGAGAAGAGGAACGGAAAACUGAUCAUGUUAAGGUUCGAGUUGUUGAGCAGAAAAUCGAUCGAUGGCCAGAAUUGAAUGAUGAAUGGAGGAAACAAGCAUAUAAUUUGAUUAGAUUGGAUGAUGUUGAUGGAAUUAGAAAACAUAUUCAAACUAUUAAUGAAAUGCACAGAGAGCAAGUGAUGGAUUAUUUGAGAAAUGCUAGAUUUUCACCGAAUUCUUCAACGUUUUUGCAUAUUGUCGCAGCUAAAGAACUUUUGAAUAUGUUAAAGGUAAUUUUCAUAUAUUUGUUGAUGAGAUAGGAAAAAAUUACUUACAGUUUUUGCUCAAUGAAAUAUCUUGUGAUCCAACUUCAAAAGAUGAAACAGGUCGACCGCCUUAUUCAUUAUCAGCAAGUAAACAAACAAAGAAUGUUUUUAUUGAUUUCCGCGUCGAAAAUCCGGAAAAAUACACUUGGACUAGGACACAUAUUCCUGAACCAGCGAAACCGGUGAUUUUGAGUGUUGAAGAAGAAUUGAGACAAUCGGAAAAGAAAAAAGAGAAGAAAAUGAAACAAAAAGAGAAUGCAAAAAUAAGGAAAGAAGAGGAGAAAAAAGAAGAGCAAGAGAGAAUUGAACGAGAAAGAUGGGCGAAAUUAUCUGAAAGAGAGAAAAGAGCUGAAGCUUGUGAGAGAAGACUUGCUGGAUUACCGCCGAUUUCAAGAUGUCAACAGGUUGGAUUUUUCUGUUUAUUUCAUUCUAGAUCAUUUUAAUAACAUUAAUUUUAGUGUGGCUUAGUUUUGGCUGCUGAUUCGCCUUCUUUUCAAUAUUCACAUUUCAAAUUUUGCUCAACUCAAUGUGUAGCUCUUCAUAGAAAAAAUAAUCCCUAA